AGAAUGUUGUACCAAUUCGACAGCCUCGAACUCUGCUUGACUCUUUUGUACACAAGCAGAGUUUUCAAUAAAGUAUGACUACCUACAGAGAUGCCGUUCGUUAUCAGCAUUCUAUUAUCAGUAUGCUAUAAUACAAAUAUUAUGAUCAUUUAUGUUAGGCUUGAAGACGUGCUUUCUAACCUCGACUUCAACUACUUCAACUAGUCAAUUUAGUGUGUGGUGAAGCAGCAUAAGCCAUGUUUAAAAUUUACAGAUCGAAGCGCAUUACUUUAACUUGCGGCAAGUUAUUGAAGAAUUUCCGUGAAUAUGCCAGUACAAAAUCGCCGCUGCAAGCACAACAUACCGCGCUCUAUGAUUUCCAUACGAAGCAUGGCGGCAAAAUGGUAAACUUUGGCGGUUACAUACUCCCCGUACAGUAUUCGGAUCAGAGCAUAAUUGCAUCGCAUUUGCACACGCGCCAGCAUGCUGCCAUAUUUGACGUUUCGCACAUGUUGCAGACAUAUGUGCGUGGCAGCGAUGCAAUCGCAUGCAUAGAAUCGCUAUGCACCGCGGACAUUAAGGGUAUGGCAGUUGGUCAGAGCACCUUAACUGUAUUUACAAAUGAGAAUGGUGGUAUAUUGGAUGAUUUAAUCGUAACCAAAAUUAGCGAUGAACAAUUGUAUAUUGUCUCGAAUGCGGCUAUGAAAUCGCAAGACAUGCAAAUAAUGAUGUGCGCCAAGGAUCACUUUACAGCUGAUGGCAAAAAAGUUGACAUCGAAUUUUUGUCAACAAGCGAUCAAUCGCUUAUCGCCGUACAAGGCCCAAAGGCGGUAGCAAACCUGCAGAAACUGCUACCGAAAACAAAAACACUGGACGAGUUUUAUUUUCUGCACACGACUGUUAGCGAAGUGGCUGGCAUACAAGAUUGUCGUAUAACACGUUGUGGGUAUACUGGUGAAGAUGGUGUUGAGGUGUCGGUUCCUUCGGCACAUGUUGUGCAUGUAACCGAAGCAUUGUUAAAUGCAAAUGAAUAUUUAAAACUGGCUGGCCUAGGCGCAAGGGACACACUGCGAUUGGAAGCUGGUCUCUGCUUGUAUGGCAGCGAUAUCAACGCGGAAACUACACCUGUGGAAGCGGGCUUGGCUUGGUUAAUUGCACGACGUCGCCGUAACGAAAGCAACUUUCCCGGCGCCAAACGAAUUUUGUCCCAAUUGGAUAAGCAAACAGACGAAAUUAAGCUGCGUCGUAUUGGUUUGACUAUGUGUGAGGAUAAAAAGUCGCCUCCUGCACGCGCUGGUUCAAAAAUCUAUCAUAAAGAUAAAGAAGUUGGCUAUAUAACAAGUGGUUGUAUAAGUCCUAGCCUUGGCAAAAAUAUAUCUAUGGGUUAUAUUGCAGCGGCACAUGCUAGAACACCGCAUGAAAUGGUACAACUUAAAAUUCGUGAUAAUUUCUACGAUGCCUUUAUUACACGCAUGCCAUUUGUGAAAACCAAUUACUUCAAUAAACCAAAGAAUUCAGUUUGAAAUGAUAUAAACUAAUUGUGAAUAUCUUUCCGAAUUUGUAUAAUUUUCGCAAAUUAACAUUUUUGAGCAAAUGACAUUCAUCAUUCAUUUAAGAAAAUUUAAUGUAUUUUAUUAAAUACUUUAUUAGAAAUGUAA